AUGGAAUCUGUCAAUACCCUUCCCAUUAAGCUACAGCCUUCUAACUUGAGACCUAUAGCGUAUAGGGUGUUCUCCAAGAAACAUGGUCUUAAUAUCAAAACUGAUGCACUCAACUUACUCACAGAAGUAAUAAGCUACAAGUUCUCCUUUGACUGGAAGGGGCCAAAAUCACAGCAAUUUUUAGAGGAGGUAGCGAAAACAUGGAAAUUGGAAGACAGAGGAUUGUUUAUAGACGCUCCAGGCUUGAAGCAGGUGUUGAAAGAAAUCAAUACAAAGUCGGGAUCUUUGGACUCCAGUUCAGUUUAUGGGAGUAGAAGCUCGAGUACCACCUCGGAACCUGAAAGAGCCGGAAGAAGUGAUACGUUAGUCGACUCGGAAGAAGAGCAGAAUAUCAACUGGGAAGACUACUUUAAAUUUAUAAAUCCCGACCAGCAACCGCAUUGUGUAUUUGACAAACUGAGAAAGCAGUUCAAGGUCCUGCCGUCAACUAACAGUAAAAGCAAGUCUCUAAUUGGAACCUUGCCCAACAACUUGCAGAACACUGUUGAACUAUUUAAUAACAGAUACCACAUCAUUUAUGAUCGGUUGUCGAGAAACGAGAACUUCCAGAAGUCGUCAUUUUCCAGUAUCUCGACAAUCAAUAAAUCACUUCACAAUGGCUCAGCCAACGAAAUCACCCUAAUCAAGAAUGUUCUAGGCAGAGACGGAUCCAAAUUUAUUCUUUGUGGUCUUUUGUCGAAAGACGCCAAUGAUUCGUGUAUUUUAGAGGAUUCUACAGAUUACAUUGAAUUAAAUUUGACUCAAACUUACAAGACCCAGGGGUCAUUCUACUGCCCAGGGAUGUUUGUCAUCGUAGAAGGGAUAUACUCAGCGUCUGGUGGAUCUUCCAACCAGUCCACAAACUAUAUUGGUGGCUGUUUCCAUGUUAGUAACAUUGGACAUCCACCAGCAGAAAGGAGAGACGCCAGCAGUGAAAACUACGGUAACCUCGACUUCCUAGGAAUACAUAAACAAAUCGGCAACUCUACAGCUAACGAUAAGGUGCUCAAAAUCAACAAAUACUUUAGACGGAAGUUGGCGACCCUCGAGAAAUCCUUAGUGGGCCACAAGUUAGUCUUAUUGGGUUCUGAGUGCCAUUUAGACAACUUCAAAAUCUUAGAUGGGCUCAAGAAAUUGUUGCACAAAUUAGAGAAUUCAAUAAUUGAAAUAAUGGAAUCAGAGGAUGGCCAUGUUCCUUUGGCUCUUGUAAUGACGGGUUCGUUUUCUUCAAGCCCCUUGACGACAACCAACUCCUUGGUGUCAAAUAUCUCAAACUCAGAAACUUACAAGAGUAAUUUCGACAACUUUGCCAAUAUUUUGUCUAACUUUCCUAAUGUGAUCAAAACAUGUAAGUUGGUAUUGAUACCUGGUAAGAACGAUCCAUGGCAAUCCACCUACUCGUUGGGAGGAUCAUCUCUCAACUGUUUCCCCCAGAAAUCGAUACCUAGGUUGUUCGUCAGUCGUUUGGAGCGGUUGCUACCUAAAGGAAACUUGAUCUUGUCAUGGAAUCCAGCUCGUAUAAGCUAUUUGUCUCAGGAAAUAGUAAUCUUGAAGGAUGAGCUUAUGAACAAAAUGAAGCGGAACGACAUUAUCUUUGCCAAUGAUCUAGAGGAAGAGAAGGAGAAUUUGGAAAAGGUAUUGGCUCAGAGUGAAGAGGAUAGAAUUAACAAUUUGGUGAAAGGAGGAGUAACUGGAGAACAUAUACCUAUAAAGAUAAAACAUGCCAGAAAAUUGGUCAAGACAAUACUCGACCAAGGUAAUCUUCAGCCAUUCUUGAGGGAGACCAAGCUCAUAAAUCCAGAAUACGACUACGCUCUCAGAAUAGAGCCAUUACCCACUGUAAUGGUACUCAAUGAUGCCAACUUCGACAACUUUGAGGUAACCUACAAUGGUUGCAAAGUGGUCAAUGUGAGUAGCUUGUUGAGUCUGACCAGCAGAAAGCUUAACUACGUGGAGUACUACCCUUCUAACAAGAAGUUUUCUUUCCAAGAGUUGUAUUUCUAGAGGCGCACUUCUAUGGAAUGGCUCGAAGAAGUCUAUAGCCUACCUAAUGCUUAUAAUACACAUUUUACUGU